AUGCUGACUAGUCGAACGUGGACUAUUACACAGGAACUGAAAGAUGAUGCCAGUAAAAUAUACUCAAUUGCACAAAAAAAUGUUGCUGACACAAGUGGUUCAAUAGUUGGCCAAAACGAUCGGACCGGCUUAUUUAUUGCUUUAUUUCUCUUAUUUUUACUUUUUGUACUUAUUCUAUAUUUGUUAUACAAUUGUUUUUCCAAUCGUUCAUUGUCCAACGUAUGUCACAAACAAGAAAAGUUUGAUAAAAAGGCGACUGCUGACAAAAACAACAUCAGUAUUCAAGAUCAUUUACAAAGUCAACAUUUAGAAGAUGAUUCUCUUAUUGACAACAUUGAUAGCAUCACGCCACCAUUAUCAAAUCGUUAUUCUCAGUCGUCUUCUAUCCGCUCUAAUAAUCGGCAAAAUUCUUAUAAAAUUUCCUCCCAAGCGUCGAAACUAUUGACACCACGAGUAUCACAAAUAUUAACAACAACCGUAGGAGGCGAUUGUAAUGGAGACAUUGAUUCUUGCAUAAAAACUCUAUCAUUACAUCAAGAAUUAGAACCCUAUUCAGCCACUCUAUUAUCGCGUACAAUAUCCAAAUAUUACGAAAACAAAAGAAAACUAACGAGUUCUAAAACUCUAGCACGUCGUUCUCGAUCAUGCGAACAGUUGUACAUAUUUGAUGGAAUAAUCUCUAGAAAAUCGUUAACAAAAAUUAAUUACUUACAUCAUCACAGACGAAUACAUUCAGAGCGAAUAAAAGGUCAUUGGAAAACAGAGCAUCUAAGGUCAAAGAAUCUACUCAGCUUACCAACAGUUGGGCAUGAUUUUUCAACAAUGUCAAUAAUUACAAACAAUGCUAGUUUGUGGAAAAGUGAACAUUUGAGUAAAAAAGAUAAUACAGGAAGCAGUAUAAAACGGAAACAACGACAAUACAUUCAACCGCAUCAUUGUGAAGAACAUUCAUUUUCAGCUAAACAAAAACCUACAACAAUUUAUGAGCUCUUUCGAUCAGAUAAAAUGAGAAUUCAAAAUUUAUUAUAA